AUGUCCUCCACAAUCACCUUCAUAAUAUCUCUGACCUACGCGAUUCCGUCGAUCUCACUCUACCUGAUCACCAUCUUCAUCAUCUGCAAACACGGAAAAGUGUUCAACUCUUCGUUCUUCAAGAUUUACUCCUACGACUGUUUUAUGGUAAGUUCACUAAGUUGUAUACAUUACAUGGAUUACGGUAGCUUUGAAAUGAUUACAGAAUCUGCUGACCUACUCGAAAACGUUCACAACAAUGCGCGUGCCGAGUGUCACCUGCUACAACUGCCUCCUAGCCCCGGUUCUGCUGAGUUCGAGUGAGCUAGAGAGUCAGAUGCACAGUUCACGGUGGGCCCGCAUUUCAGAUGAUCACCUUCCGAUGCCGUUCAUAUUUUCGAUCGGAUAUCACAUGGCCUACGUACAGUACGCGAUGACCACACUCAUCUCCGUCAAUCGACUCACCGUCCUCCUCAACUUUAACUUUUUUGAGCCGGUGAGAAAAUUUUGUGGCGGCGCACGUGACUUUAAACUAAUUCCACGAAAAAUGGGCUCGAAAAAGCGAGCACGUGAGGGUGAGAAGUGUUAUUUUAGGAUUAAGACCGGUCAAAAAGAUGUGGUACACGUCUGCAAUUUCUGAAGCUCUGCUAAAAAGUUGCCGAGGUUUAGCGAGUCAAGACUUUACAUGUUCAGAUUUGGCGUCGCUACGUCUGGCUGAUGAUGCUCGCCGUGCUCCUCUUCCCCUUCGUGAGCACCCGUGUCGCUCUCAACUAUCAUGCCGCUUUCAUCUACGUCAACUCCACCGACGCCUACACCCUUUCGUCCCAAGUGCCCACCUGGGAUCUGUACACCUAUCUCAUACCCUUCAUGCUCAUUUCCAUCAUCGUUUCUCUGAUUGCCAACAUCGCCAGCCUCGUCUGCGUCAGAAGUGCGAAUCUUGUGAAGGCGAACAGAGCAGGUGACUUUUCCUGGCCACAAAACGAAAGGAAACGAGAUGAAUUUGAGAAUCCAACUUCAUUAUCAUCACCUCAAUCACAUGUGCAAUCCAACUGAUCGGUACCGUACUGAGCAUCGGACUGCUCACCGUCCAACAUGUGCACAUCCUCAGUUUCCUCUCGUUCACUCGAUUGUUCGUCAGUGACGGUCUGACUCUCGUCCAGCCCUGGUUGCUUUUGUUCUUCAGUUAUGCGGUAGCCUCAAUGUUAACUUUUCAGCGCGUCUAGUUUUUGUUUCAGAUCCGUGACAAGAUGAAGCGAAUGUUCGGGUUGCGUACCAAGACGCCCAUGGCGAGCACAAUGUUCAAGAGCCGUUCUAUGACUCUUCCAUAA